GAUGGCGGUCGUUUCGUUUGGAUGUUUUUGUUUUUAUUUUUGAGGCGGUAAAAUGCAAAUAUCCGGUUUGGUCCCGGCGCGUUUUUUAACGAUAAUAAGUCAUCUUGUUAUGUUAAUAACUAUUCUUUGGGCGAGAGAUGAAAAUGUAAAAGCAUGUUUACCUUGGACAUAUACAGAGGAAGAAUAUAAUCAUAAAGACAAUCAAUUAAUUGUUGGUUUAAGUUUAGCAAUUUUAUUUGUGGGAAUAGAAUUAAUUGGAUUCCUUUCAGGAAUUACUAUGUUUUUUCCAACACAAAGUUUACUGUCUAUAGUUACUCAUUCAAGUGCAACAAUUGCUCUUGCAUAUUUUAUUACUGAUAUAUGGGAUUGUGAUCUUUAUUGGUGGAUAUUUGGUUUUUGCAGUGCCUUACCAGUUUGUUCAGAAAUAUUAUUGUUGAUUGGAGUUCUUGCAUUGAAGAAAACAAUAUGAAGUAUGACAACAUAUCAGCAUAUUUUGUAAUGAAACAAUUGUGAUAAUAAUUAACGGCAUUAUCACAUCUUAAAGGAUCAUUAUUAUAAUCAUAUCAUAUUUAAUUUGUAAUUAACAUAAAAAUACCACUUAGACUG